AGUUUAUAUCCAACAUCAACGAUAUCAAAUAGAGUAGCAAUUUAUUUUCGCAACAUAUCAGUUUACAUAAUAUUAUGAACAAUGGUAACACAAUGCGUAUUACAAAUUAAUUUUCCCACAUGCCCUUAAACUAAUAACAUCCUUUUGUGUACAAACAGUAUCCAUUUCUUUUUUUUUAUAUCAGAAGUACGUAUGAAUGAGCCGGCGUCACAAUAUUUAAAAAAUCAUUGGUGCGUGCCCCCAAUGAUUGUGGUAUGUGAUAACAUCUAUGGAUUAAAGGGUCGUUACAUCUUAUGGGGGUUUAAUUAGGCGGGGUUUAAGUUAGUCCCGCCUUCUUUUGUAAUACAUACCCUUUAAAGGUGGCGUAUGGUGGUGAAUCUGGCUUAAACGUAUCUUGUCGGGUAUAAGGGAACGUUAUGGAUUCGUCAUGUCAUUCGGAAUCUAAGAGCAAUUCGGAUUUUAGUAUUAAAAGGAUUUUAGGCGAGGAUGCUUCGGCUGACGAGGAUGUGGCUACACCGAGCUGGUUGGUCUGUACGAGAUACCGACCACCGCGAUUACCAAGGUCUGUGAGCUCUGCGUUUCGCGUGCGGCGGUCGGGGCGGCACGCGCGGGUGCCGUUCACCGCGGCGCAGGCGGCGGCGCUGGAGGCCGCCUACACCCGCGCACCCUAUCUCGCGCCUCCCGCACUGCGGGCACUCGCUGCAGCACUGCAGUUACGAGAUGAUAGAAUAAAAAUUUGGUUCCAAAACCGUCGAGCGAGAGAAAGAAGAGAGAAAUGCACGAAUAUUACCCCACCACAAGAUGUAACACUACCACCGACUUCUACACAGUCAAAUGUCCUGCUGCCUGGACCAUGGAUUCCUCGCGCAGAUUUGCAACAAAGUGUAUCACAAAUGUCCCAGGAAUUAGACCAACAUUCGAAUACUAUGUUCCAACAUACUUCAAUAGCAAUACAUUUGCGACCCUCUGGCUCUGUACAAGCUGAUGACGAGUCAAGAGAUAGGUGUGAUAGUCCAUUAGAUAUAGAAACGUAG